UUUCAAGUGCAUAUAUUUUAAAUAGUUAAACAGAAAUUAUGAGUUACUCCUUUAUACAUAAUUGAGUAUUUGGGAAGGCAUUUAAAAAUGACACAGGAGGCUGAUAAUUAUGCGUUUCCCAAGUGCGCACAGAGAAUACAUUUUCCAUAUAAAGACUCAACAAAAAUUCCUCCUGCUUGCAGCUCGACCGCUGGCGAAGUUGCUCAGUGUGUGGAACGGCUAAUUCAGGAUACCAACGAGGAUUUGCGAAACUUUCGUGCAGAGCAAAGUCAACUGCGUGCCCAAAUUAGCAACGUUCUGGGUGAGAACCGCCAGUUGACCAACGAGUUGGGCAAGUAUAAGCACAUGAUGAGUUCGGGUAGCCUGGAAGAUGUGCAGGAGCGACUACAACUGACUAGCGAUGCACUAUCCAAGGCCUUACUGCAGAUUGAAUCGCUGCGCAAGGAUCGACGCAGUCUGCAAUCAAUGCAUGAACGAUCACGACGCACUAUUGAUCACAUGGAGACCGAGCUCAAUAAUUAUCGCACACAACUGCAUUUGGACAAUGGUGAACAGCUUGCACAAAAAUAUGGCAAGGCCAUAAAGACUUUGGAGGCAAAGUUGACCGCCCAGCAGGAGGAGCUACGCACACAGGCGGAACUCAUCAAGGCUCUGCAUGAUCACAAACAGCGAAGCGGUGAACAGAUUUUACACUUGCAAACUAAAUUGAAGGAACGCUUUUAUAACAAAGUUGCUGCUGAUGAAAAUCAAGACAAGAUGGAAGGUCUACAGAAGCAGCUUAGGGAUUAUGAGAAAUCCUUACAAUACACACGCACGCUGCUGGACGAGAGCAGCAAACGUGAAGCGCUAGCCAUGCGUAAGGUGCAGGAUGCCCUCAAUCUUAGCGAGGCGGCUGUACAGGAAAAAGCAGAGGCAGAGAAACGCUCUGAAGCUUAUAAAGAGGAGGCUACACAAUUGGCGACCAAUAUUGGCAGCAUCAUGGACGAGGCCGCCAAGCGUGUAGAUAAUGAAGUCGCCCAGCUAAAGAUUAAGUUGGCUGAGAAAGAUAAGACUAUUACAGCUCUGCGUGAAAAGCUAAAAGAGGAGUCAGUUCAGCAAAAAUCUAUGGUCCAAGCCUUAGAAACGCGCAAUGAUCGCUUGGCUGAAAAAUACAAGGAAGCCUUAAAACAAAAUGAGAAACUUGAGGCCCAUAUGGAGGCCUGCUCUAAGCGUCUUAACGAUCUAGAGCGUUGCGCUUAUAAUGAAAUACGCAAGGACGAAGAGAAUCAACUAAAGAGCAAAAAAGAGUAUGAGGAACAGAUGGAGAACUAUCUACAGGCAUACAAGCAAUUGAAGGCACAUUACAAGGAUGUUGUCAGUGAUUUGACACAGAAAUUCGAAAGUGAGUUUAUUCGUCUCGAAAAGGAGAAGGCUGAAAUAUUGACUGAAUAUGAAUUAUAUAAGAACGGCGCAUGUGGGGACUACGCUGCUAAGUAGCCAUGCACAUUUUAAACAGACUUAUAUUUUUUAGACGUUAUGUACAGACUCGUUAACUAAUUUAUUUUUAAUAAAUAAACACAUGUGCUCAAAC